CAGCCUCGCAAUAUUUCCAACACGCAUAUACUGGUAGCCGCAAUCAACCAUGUCCUCCAGCCCGCGUAACUCUGACCUCGACAUUCCCGCGAUUGCUGUCAUCGGAGAGUCUACCGAUAAUCUGGCUUCACACUCGUACCCUCAUGACAACGGACAGAGUGGUCUUCGUCCUACUCCUACUAUCGACAUUCAGUCGGCGGCCUCUGAUUCUCCUCAAACUCGGGGACGUUCACCCUCUGACCCAUCCUUUCUCUCGCCCAUCUUGAAACGGCAGCACAGCACCAUCUCUGAUGCGCCUUCGUCACCCGGUGGCUCUACAAAUUACUCUGACGACCACCCUCCACCCUCGCCAACCCUUUCAGCUCAUUCAGGCUCUGGCUCGUCCGUUCAUUGGGCUCCAACUACCCUUGCCCUGAGAGACAAUUCGCCUUCAGAUCGAGACGGCAAUUCUUCGUUGAAUCUGCUCCAGAUUCCAGGGGCGCAUCGGAGAAAGGGAUCGAACGCGACCUUUACGAGCACCGUCAGCGGCAGCGAAACACUGCCCGACCACUCUCAUAGCGAUGGUGAGGGGAUAGGCCUUUCCCCCAUGCCGUCUCCCUCAGGGCGUUCUGACGCGGCGAGCACCCUAGCGUCGCCCACGCACACCGCCGUCAACGAUUUUUCAGACGCCGGCGACUCCCGUCCCACCUCGCGCACCAGUUUCCUCAAGGGAAAGCUUCAUCGUCAUCGUCGCCCCGCGAAAUCAGUAGACGCAAGCUCCGAAGGCGGUCACGACGACGGCCAUGACGACGAUGCGGAUAAGGAGGACUCGGAAUCGCGGCCUACACAGGUCGAUCUCGAGCAGGAGGCCAAUAUCGAUCCCGCGCCGUUCGCUUUCAAACCCGCUCAACUCGCGCAGCUUCUCGAUCCCAAGAAUAUCGAGGCGCUGGAGGCUAUUGGCGGUGUCGAGGGGCUAUUGAAAGGGCUCGGGACGCACGCGACCUUGGGUCUUGGCGCCGGUAAGGGGAAGGCGGCAGCUACGCACGAAGCGCAGAGCGAUGACGGUCAAGGGGCGGGUGAUGGAGGUAGACCGAGCAGAAACAGUACCGCGAAAGAUGCUGGGUCGGAGGAUGUUCCCGGAAUAACAAUCACUACGCCGGGAGGAGAGCAGGAGGGCCCGAAGGACGGUGGGGGCGCAGAGUCACCGUCUGGAACACCUCCGAAUUCAACCUCGACGGCGGAAGGGGCCGUGAAGUCGAAUCCGAAGGCGUUCGAGGCGGGUAUUGAGGAGAGACGCAGGGUGUACGGCGCGAACCUCCUGCCGGAACGGAAGAGCAAGAGUCUUCUGAUGUUGAUGUGGCUGGCUAUGAAGGAUAAAGUGCUGAUCUUGCUUACCAUCGCCGCCGCCGUUUCCCUUGCCCUCGGUUUCUUCCAAGACUUCGGUCCCUCCAAGCCAGACGGCCCGAAAGUCGACUGGGUAGAAGGUGUAGCUAUCAUCAUCGCCAUCCUCAUCGUCGUCCUCGUCGGCUCUAUCAACGACUACCAAAAAGAACGUCAGUUCAAGGUGCUCAACUCGAAGAAGGAAGAACGGGCGAUCAAAAUUAUCCGCGGCGGCUCCGAGAAGCUCAUCGAUGUGAAGGACGUCGUGGUCGGAGAUAUCGCGAUUCUAGAGCCGGGAGAGAUCGUUCCCGUCGAUGGCGUGUUUUUGAACGGGCAUGGGGUUAGGUGUGACGAGUCGGGCGCUACGGGAGAGAGUGAUGCGAUUAAGAAGGUGCCGUGGUCUGAGUGUGUGAAGAUACGGGACGAGAAGAUGAGGGAGUGGAAGAGCUCGUCGGGCAGGAGCAUUAGCGGGGUGCCUGGUGCGGAUACGGAAGAUGACGAGGAUACGGAGGAGGACGGGAGGAAGCGGCCUUCGGGAAUGGAUCUCUUGGGCCACACGGAUUGUUUUAUCGUCAGUGGCGCGAAGAUCACGGAGGGAACGGGGACCUACGUUGUUGUUGCGGUCGGGACGAAGAGUUUCAAUGGUCGCAUCAUGAUGGCGCUGCGAGGGGACGCGGAAAGCACGCCUCUGCAGCUCAAGCUGAAUGACCUAGCGGAGCUCAUCGCGAAGGCUGGAUCUCUUGCCGGUCUUAUCUUGUUCUCUGCGCUUAUGAUCCGGUUCUUCGUACAACUGGGCACGAAUGACCCUGUGAGGACCGCGAACGAGAAGGGUAUCGCGUUCGUGCAGAUUCUCAUUAUCGCAGUUACCCUCGUUGUCGUCGCAGUUCCCGAAGGCCUUCCACUCGCGGUUACAUUAGCCCUCGCAUUCGCCACCAAACGCAUGACGGAUGAGAAAUUACUCGUUCGCGUCCUCGGUUCAUGCGAGACCAUGGCCAACGCCAACGUGGUCUGCACCGACAAGACCGGUACCCUCACGCAAAACGAGAUGACCGUCGUCGCCGGCUCCAUCGGUAUCCACGCCAAAUUCGUCCGCGGGCUCCACAGCGAAGAAGGUCGCGGACGACAGAACGUCGACCAGGAAAACCAGAAUGUCGAUUCGGAGGGGACUCUUGCGCGCAGGAAACACGCGGAGGAUUUCUCGCUGGACUCGAACGAUCUCAAUGAACGGAUUUCGCCUGAGCUGCGCGCGCUCUUGAAUGCUUCGAUAUCGGUCAAUUCUACGGCGUUUGAGGACGAGGAUCCCGAGUCUGGCAAGAUGGUGUUCAUUGGAAGUAAGACGGAGACGGCGUUAUUGAAGUUUGCGAAGGAGAGGGGGUGGAGGUCGUAUCGCGAGGUUCGGGAUAAUGCGGAACGGGACGGUGGUGUCGUUCAGGUCGUGCCGUUCUCGAGUGCACGGAAGGCCAUGGGUGUGGUCGUUCAGCUGAAGGCAGGCGAGAAGAAGAAGUGGAGGAUUUACUUGAAGGGCGCUAGCGAGAUUUUGACGGCGAGGUGCAGGAGGCACGUUGUCGUGGCUAAGGAGGGCGGGAAGAAGGCGACUGGGGAGAAGGAGAUGGUGGACGGGGAGGGUCAGAUAGAGACGGCUGAGAUUGGGGAGCUUGAAGCGGAUAAUAUUUCUCGGACUAUCACGUUCUAUGCUAGUCAGUCGUUGCGGACUAUAGCGCUCUGUUAUAGGGACUUCGAGCAGUGGCCGCCGAAUGGCGCCGACAUCGAUGAACGGGAUGAGGUUGAAUACGAGCAUCUGGCGAAUGAUCUAACUCUCAUAGGUAUCACAGGUAUCGAGGAUCCCCUCCGAGACGGUGUCCGAGAAGCUGUGGCGAACUGUCAGAAGGCCGGAGUCCAGGUCAAGAUGUGUACCGGCGACAACGUCCUCACCGCUCGUUCUAUUGCUACCCAGUGCGGGAUCUAUACUGCCGGUGGUAUCGUCAUGGAAGGCCCUCAUUUCCGGAACCUCGAUCCUCAUGUCAUGAAGGCUGUCGUCCCCCGUCUUCAGGUCCUCGCUCGUUCGUCACCGGAGGACAAGCGGAUAUUGGUGGAGACUCUCAAGGAACUCGACGAGGUCGUCGGCGUUACUGGAGAUGGCACAAACGACGGACCUGCGCUUAAGACGGCCAACGUUGGAUUCUCCAUGGGUAUCGCGGGUACGGAAGUCGCGAAGGAGGCCUCGGAUAUCAUUCUCAUGGACGACAACUUCUCCUCGAUCGUCAAGGCUAUCAUGUGGGGCCGCUGUGUUAACGACGCCGUCCGGAAGUUCCUCCAGUUCCAGCUCUCCACCAACAUCACCGCCGUCAUUAUUACCUUCGUCACCGCCGUCGCUAGUCAGAGCGAGAGUUCGGUGCUCAGCGCCGUGCAACUACUCUGGAUCAACAUCAUCAUGGACACCUUCGCCGCUCUGGCCUUGGCCACGGACCCUGCUUCAGAGGCGUUAUUGGAUCGCAAACCGGAUGUCAAGACGGCGCCACUAUUCUCGGUCGACAUGCUCAAACAGAUCCUAGGCCAAUCGAUAUAUCAGAUUAUUAUCAUCCUCAUCUUCCACUUCUUGGGACUCCGGAUUUUGGGCCUCCCGGAGGGUAACGACACGGACGACACGACAGUCCAGACGCUGGUUUUCAAUAUCUUCGUGUUCGCCCAGAUUACGAACUCGUUGAAUUGCCGCAGGCUGGAUAAUAAGUUGAAUAUAUUCGAAGGCGUGACCAGGAACUGGUACUUCAUCUCGAUUACGGCGAUCGAAAUCGCCAUCCAAGUGCUUAUCGUUUUCGUCGGAGGAGCUGCCUUUUCUGUUCACCGCAUCGGCGGUCGCGAGUGGGGUAUCUCCCUCGCCCUCGGACUUGUUUCCAUUCCCCUUGGUGCCGCUAUCCGGUACAUUCCCAACGGCCCCUGCGAAGCUUUCUUCAAGAAGGUCCGUCUCAUGCCGAACCCGGAUAUCCUCCCUACGACACGCGCGGACGCGGAAACCGGCCUCGGAUUUGCCAUCAACCGCGUUCACGAUAAUUUGGGGACGUUUAGCCAGGUCAGAGGCGGCAGGAUGAGGGGAUCCUCGUUCGUGGGGAAGAGCAGGGCCGGAAAGGUCGACGAGACUGGCGCCAAGAAGAAACCUGCCUCAGAAUUGCUCACUAUGCUCCCGACGCUGAUGAUGUCCAAUAUCGUCAGCUCGAAUUGGAUGCCGACUUCUGGUGGUUCGUUGUCCGACCCGGCUGGUUUCGAUCCCUCGGUGUCGUCUGCGGAGUUGUGGAAGAACAAGUACGAGGUCCAUCCGGAUACGCCACCGAACGACCCGGUCUUCCAGAUCUUCCGUCAGCCGCCACACUCGGCUUCUCCUUCACGAUAGAUUCUCCGUCGCCUCCGAAAUUGUGUAUACCCUCUCUUCUCGUCUUGUACUCCUUGCGCUCGUCCGAGCGAUUACUCUGCACAACGACACAAAGGACAUGCUCAUGCCUUGGUUCUGGAACAUUGUCUUGGUGUCGUUGUGACGGGGCGGUACCCUGCAUAGUUUUUUGGGCCAGCGAAUGGGCAUUCGCUUCAUGCAUAUGGAGCCAGUCCAUACACUACAUCUCCUUGAUUCUUUCUCGUGACCCAUGCAUUUCGCGGCUACACAUAGACCUUUGAUAGUCACAUUUUACCAACAACCCAUCGUCCGUCUCCUUUUCUCGCUUGUAUAUUCGCACACUUUCUUAGUCUUUCCUUCUGUUUGUCUUUCUUCGUGGCCCUCGCUUCAUUUCGCCUUCACAAUCUACAGAAAC